UCUCGUUGAUCACGUGUUGGUGACGUCAGAGCAGGCGGGCUCACGUCGGACACGCACCCCCGCGCAUGCGUAGUGCGCAGGUGGACUCUGGCUCCUCUCCAGCGAGCCGCUGUGUUGUCUCCGUGUCUCCAGGAGAAAUGCUGAGACUGUUGGUGAAGCAGCAAGUCGACGCGGUCGUUGAAGAGGCUUUUGUGCUGUUGGACACACUAACAGCAGCUUAUGAGGACACCGUGUCUCGUCUCGGAGAACAUGAGCUACACACAUCAGAUGUCCAGCAGCUGUUGGCUAUUCAAGCAGAUCUCCCCCCUGAGGACCAGGUCCAGGCUUCAGGAUCUUCUGAGACUGAAGUCAUUCAUGGUGAUUGGCAAGAACCGUUGUCAGAUUCUGGACCUGAAAGUGAAGACGGGGAUGAUAUCUGGAAGGAGACCAGGGAAUCCUUCAGCUUCUUCAAGUGUAGUAAACGGUGUUACUACAAGGGGUUUCUGCAGAAACACAUGAGGUGUCAUUUUGGAAAAAUAUCCUCCAGCGGUUUGUUUGGAAAGAAAUGUUUUAGAGAGAAGCCAAAGAAAGAAUCACAGGUAAGAGCUCGUACAGUAGAGAAACCAUUCAGUUGUGAUAUUUGUGGGAAAAGAUUUCCAAAACAGGGAGCUCUGAAGAGACAUAUGAGAGUCCACACAGGAGAGAAACCAUUCAGUUGUGAUGUUUGUGGGAGAAGAUUUCCAGAACGGAGCCAUCUGAAGAGACACAUGAGAGUCCACACAGGAGAGAAACCUUUCAGUUGUGAUGUUUGUGGGAAAAGAUUUACACAACAGGGGAGCGUGAAGAUACACAUGAGAGUCCACACAGGAGAGAAACCAUUCAGUUGUGAUGUUUGUGGGAAAAGAUUUACAGAACGGGGACAUCUGAAGAGACACAUGAGAGUCCACAAAGGAGAGAAACCAUUCAGUUGUGAUGUUUGUGGGAAAAGAUUUAUACAACAGGGAAGUGUGAAGACACACAUGAGAGUCCACACCGGAGAUAAAUCAUUCAGUUGUGAUGUUUGUGGGAAAAGAUUUACAAGACAGGUAUCUUUAAAGAGACACAUGAGAGUCCACACAGGAGAGAAACCAUUCAGUUGUGAUGUUUGUGGGAAAAGAUUUCCAAGACAGGGAUCUCUGAAAACACACAGGAGAGUACACACAGGAGAGAAACCAUUCAGUUGUGAUGUUUGUGGGAAAAGAUUUACAGAACAGGGGAGUGUGAAGAGACACAUGAGAGUCCACACAGGAGAGAACAUUUGAAAUAAAUGUAAAUGUUUCAAAUGCAAUUUGUUUCUGAAUGAGAUGGAGGGCAAAGUGUUUGUUCAACAGCUGAUGAAUCUUUUAAAUAACAAUGACAACAUAUUGUUUGUCUAUGAUGGAGGAAACAAAAAACUCUAAGAAUAUAUCUUUAUUUAAAAUGCAUAAUUCUUUGUAAUGCUUUUAAAUCUACAUGUGGACUCGGCCGUGUUACGGCUGAGUGUCGGCUGACUGCUGUGGUCCGGCUUGAUGCGGCUACAUGUGAGCCAGCUUUGGCCUUUUUCAUUUUAGCCAUAUAUAUUGUAAGAGCCACAAGUGUGUUUUUAGUAAAUUGAAAUUUCAGAAUUGUUUAUAAUGUUAUAUUCAGAAAUAUGCUCACGGUGUAGGAACUAUAGGUGAAAUAUAUUGAAAGAUGUUUAUGUUAAUGACUGAUGCUCGAGUCAGGUGAUUUAAUGACGUCAUGACGGCAGCAGGUGUAAGGAAAGAGCCGCAUUAGACAAGAGAGCAAAUCUUUUUUUACCAAAUGACCGUGUGAUCGUUUUGAACGUUUAUUCAUUUUGUACUUUGUCAGGGUUUUUUCUGCUCAAAAUAAAAUCCAAAGAAAAGGAAAUGAACGGUCUCCUGUCGUGCUCAUGCAAGGGAACUCACUGUGUCUGCAGCUCUUUAGUGGCUUAAUGAAAACUACACCGAUGGAACGCCGCUACAUAUAUAUAUAUAUAUAUAUAUAUCUUUAUUCCAGACUCAUGGGUCCAUAAAACAACAAACACAAAUACAACAACAAUAUAUAAAAUACAAUACGAGGACACCGGUCCAGCCAUUGCAGCCAAAAAAAUCACUCGGGAUUAAAAAACAUACAAACAUUUGUUCCAUUGCUUCCAGAAACAAGACGAAUAACUGGUAUCACUCAGUGCUGGGUCAGCCAAGGCUUUUAUAACUACAUUCUCUGAGACAUUUAGUCGACAUUUAAAUUUAUACAUAAAAUUCCUCAAAACAGCAUGAAAAGUGGGAACAUUCCGGCUCACAAACAUCUGACUUGCGCUUGUCCAUCUCGGAAGCUUGAGCAGGAUCCUGAAGGCAUCAUUGAAAGCUACCUGCAUCUUUUUCAUUUUCCCUUUACUAUAACUGCACCACAGGUGGGCUGUAUACAGAGGAGUACAGUAGGCUCGAAACAGAGCAGUUUUAACGUCUUCUGUACACAUGUGAAAUUUACGUGCCAGCAUGUUGGCUUGUGCAUACAGUUUGCAACACUGCCGCUGCACAUCGUCAUCAUCACUGAGGUCGUUCCUGAUGAUAUGACCCAAAUACCUAUAUUUCUGAACCACAUUUAACUCCUGGACUCCCAAAAAGAAUGAAGGAAAAUGUAGCUUCUGAUCCUCCCUGGUUUUUGCUAUCAUAAUAACACUCUUUUUGGAGUUGAACUCGAUAUCAUAGUCCACCCCAUACCUUGAGCACACUCUGAGCAAUUGCUGUAAGCCAGCACUAUAAGGUGACAGGACCACCAAGUCGUCAGCGUAGAUGAGAUGAUUAAUGAGACUUUCUCCCACCAUACAUCCUGUCUUACACUUUUUUAACUCCUUAGAGAGGUCAUCCAUAUAGAGAUUAAACAGUGCAGGGGACAGUAUUCCACCUUGUCGGACACCAUUUGUCACUAGGAAGGGUGCAGAUACACUCUUACCCCAUCUAACUCGCAUGGUUUGACGUGCAUACCAAAAGUGCAAAAUCCGAAUCAAAUAUGGUGGCACCCCUCGCUCUUGUAAUUUGACAAACAAUUUGGAAUGAUUAAUUCGAUCAAAAGCUUUAGAUGCAUCCAGGAAACACAUAAAUACUGUGGUGUUAUGUCUCCUGUACUUACUAACAACUUCCUUCAGUGCAUAUAUACAUAAGUCUGUGCUAUGUUUACUUUUAAAACCAAAUUGAUUAUCAGUGGUUAAGAUGUAAUCUUGAAGCCUAUCUAAGAGGAUUCGUUCUAAUACUUUAGAAAGUAUACUGGCCAGAGCAAUUGGUCGAUAGUUGUCAAUGCUAGAUAUUUUACCAGUUUUAUUUUUGAUUACUGGCACUAACAACACAGUGAGCAUAGAAUCAGGAAGUACGCCGUGCAUUAAAAACCCAGAAAAACAUACAGCAAGUAACACUGACAACCUGUUGCUCGCAUGCCUCAGAUGUUCUGCUGUUAUUUGGUCAAGGCCACAUGCUUUGUUCAAUGACAAUUUUUCAAUAGCAUACAACACUUCAUCAGGUCUAAUACACACACCAACAUCAUUGGGAACAUUACCAAUAUUAAAUGUGUCACUCUUAACACUAUUGAAAAUGUCCCGAUAGUGUUUACUCCACAGAUCAGCAAUACUGUCCGAACCAACUGCCCCAUCAAUACUGGAUGGCAGAGGCGUCUUCAUGUUAUUGACAACUUUAACUUCUUUCCAGAAGUCAAGGGCAUUAUUCUGCUGAAAAUGUUUGGCCAUGGAGUUUGCCCUCAUGGCCUGUUUAUUUCUUUUAAUGAAGCGCACAGCAUAUUUAAAUCGUGCAUUUGUGUGUUUCUUGUGUUCGCACUCUGGACCAUGUCUUGCUUUUCCUGAUAAAACCCAGUUUUUAAAAGCU